AUUUCAAAAUUAAUCAUGAAAAUCCUCUCAGUAUUGUGCUUAUUACUCGUUUUUGGUGCAAGCUCAACAGAACUGGAUUGGUGGGAAACAAGUGUCAUAUACCAAGUCUACCCACGAUCAUUCAAAGACUCGAACGGAGACGGAGUCGGUGAUAUUAAUAGAAUCAUCGAAAAACUUGACUACAUCAAAGAACUAGGAGUCGACGCAAUUUGGAUUCAGCCGGUGUACAGAUCUCCCAUGGUCGAUAUGGGAUAUGAUCCUAUAUCCAUGAAAGAAAUUGACCCACUAUUUGGAACAAUGGAGGAUAUGAAAAACCUUAUUCAAGCUUCACACGAGAGAAAGUUGAAAGUAGUGAUGGAUUUUGUGCCAAAUCACGUGAGCGAUCAAAGCGAGUGGUUUAAACGCUCCGUGAAUCGAGAUGGACCUUACACGGAUUACUUUGUCUGGCACGACGGCAAACGAAUAAAUGACUCUUACAGGACAGAACCGAAUAAUUGGGUAGGAUGGUUCGAGAAAAGUGCAUGGAAAUGGAAUGAAAAGCGACAACAGUACUAUUAUCGUUUAUUCAAGGAUGAACAACCUGAUUUGAACGUCCGGAACCCUGCCGUCCAAGCAGAAUUGGAGGAUGUGCUCAGGUUCUGGUUAGACAUGGGAGUAGAUGGCUUCCGGGUCGACGCAAUUCCCAUGUUAUUUGAGGCAGCUCAUUUGCAAGAUGAGCCGGUUACCAAUGAUGUGAUGGGUCUUUCAAACACCUUCUUCAAGCGCAUACACAUAUACACACAAGACCAACCGGAAAACCUCGAUAUUUUGCAUCGAUGGCGUCAGGUCUUAGACGAAUAUAAACUUAAGGAUGGAAUAACCAGAUUGUUGAGCGUCGAGGACCCUUUUGGUCCAAAAAAAUUGAUUCCCUAUUUUGGGAACGAGACUUUUCCGGCAGCACACAUUCCUUUCAAUUUCGGUUUGAUUAAUUUCUACUACACGAUGAAUGCUACCAAACUUGAUUCAGUCAUUCAUGAUUUCCUUGAUGUUGUGCCCAAAAAUCGCCUGCCCAAUUGGUUGACGGAUUCCCAUGAUCGUGUGAGGACUAGCUCACGUAUGGGAGCUGACGCCGUCAAUGCCUUCAUGAUGAUGAAUUUGAUUUUACCGGGGUCAGCAUGUGUUUAUUACGGUAGUGAGAUAGGCCUCGAAGAUAGCAUGAUCAGGGACGACCAAAAAACGGAUAAGGCAUCUAAUGCAUUGACCUUUUCAAGAGAUCGAAGUAGAGGACCAAUGCCUUGGGAUGACACAAAAAAUGGAGGUUUCACGACAAAUAAAACGCCUUGGUUGCCGCUAAGCACUAAAUACUGGACUACUAACGUGAAAAGUCAAUUGCAUGAAGCCAAUAGUCAUCUGAAAAUUUUCAAACGCCUCAUGACUUUGAGGAAAACGGUUGCCGUGAAAUACGGAGAUCUGGAGACGCAUGUCGUGAAUACAUGGACCUAUUUGUUUACUAGGAAAGCAAGCAAUGACACGGUAGCUGUUGUGAUAAACCUCGGGUCAGAAUCGGAGGCGAUUUGCUCGGAAGAAUCCAAUUUUGGCCUACCUGAAACAAUGUUCGUCCACACUGGAAGUUUGAAUUCUGGCUUCAAGAUAGGUGACAAGGUCAGAAUAAUAAGCUCAAACGGACACUCUUGCACUGAACUACGGCCCAAAGCAGGAUUGGUCCUGACUACUUAUCCAACCAGUGCCGCAAUAGUUUGGAGUCCAGUCUCAUGGUUACUUAUCCUUGGAAUGGGGAUACUCACUCUUCGAUAAGCAGGACUCUACCAGUAGUGCGAGGACCUACUGCUAACUUGGCCAUGAAACUUUAUUAAGAACUUUAUUCAAGACAAUUGAAUUUAGGAAAAUCUCUCCACUAGUGCCCAAUGAUAAAAUUAGUGCAAUUCAAGAUAAACCUAUCGUCGAGAGAAAAAGCUCUGAAAAAGGAUGUGAUGUAUGUUAAGUGGUGGGGUUCAGUAAAUAACCGGCUAAUUUUAAGUAGUAGCACCUUUGCGACUUUCAAGUUCAACGAGUUUCUUCUCAACGAGGUUUAUUUAUAUGUAUACAAAUAAUGAUCAAAGUAAGUUUUGUGCGGCCGACCAAGCAGAACUCGGUUUUUGGAAUCAGGAUAAAAAGUUCUGUCGAUUUUGAAAAUUCCGUCCAUUUCCAAGUGGGACGCCGAAAUGACAGCCACCUCCCGGUUUAUUAUGACUCAAGUAUAUUUUCCGAUCAUAAAUGUACCUAUGCCCCUCAAUAAUCAAGGGAUAUAGUUCGCGAAUAACUCUAGUCCUAUUGGUCAAUCUCCACAAAUAAUGGGGAAUUUUGAGCCACGAGGACCACGAUACCCGAGGGAGCCGAGUUCCUGGGGUGAGCCUCCCCCUUUUCGAGAGGGUGGUGAUGCGGAGGCCGAUAAUAGGGUGAGUCAUUUGAGUCAGGCUGAGGAGAAUAAGCUGCUGAGACAGUUUUUCAGGAUGAAGAAAAGGAUCAACACCGAGUUGGACUCCUUCAUCGAGGAGCCCGUUCUGAUGUAUAGAAAACCGAAUAUUGUAAAUAAAAGUCCAAGCUGACAAAAA